AUGUCUCAGCUUUUAGGUACCCUAACGCUUUGCCAUGAUAAAGAUCCUUCUUUUCUCCAUUUAUUACCUUGGAUCGCAUUAUACUGCAAACCAACAGCGAAAACUAACAUGCAAAUACUAGCAUUCGACUGUUUGGCGCAGUUAACACGUAUUUAUGGCAUUGAAUGCGUUCAUAAUUUUAAUGAUCUCGCAUUAGGUUUUUCAAUUGAGUAUUCUUUCUUAGAUUCCAACAGACAACUCAUUGAAGCAUCAUAUAAUUUUAUUAUACAAGCUUUUAUGACUCUAAAUACAGGAAAACCUCAAGAUAAAAUCAAAAUCAUCGCAAAACUCAUUCAAUUACCUAAAAAAUCACUCUUUAAGUACUUCACAUUAGCCGACAUCAAUAUCCAGCGUCAUUUAUUGAAAACAAUGAUAACUUUCCUUAAUAAUUUUAUUGGUUCUUCAUAUUUCGAAGUUACACAGCAAGUAGUCAAUCUUUUUACAGCGGAAGAUGAAGUAGUACGUGAAUUAGCCAUCAAAGUAUAUGAUACAAUCAUGAAAUUCCUUUCCGUGAACGAAAAAUUGAUUUUAACUACGAAAAACUUGACUUUACAAUUGUAUUCGUGUCGUGAUUAUGAUCUAUUCGCAACGAUACUUAUGAGAUUGAUGAAUUUGUUCAAAUGCAAAGAGCUAUUUGAAGAAUUUCAAAAAAUGGAAGUUAAUUUUCCGAAAAUUUUAUAUAAUUUGGACAAUUCACUAAAUCCUGACAGAUCUCCAUUGAAAGUAAUGGUCGAAUUCAUCAAAAAUAUUGCAGAAAUCGAUAAAUCUGAAUCUAAAAAAAUCCUUUCAAAUACUUUCUCAAAAUUGGUAUUACAUCCUGCAAUUCUAUCGUCUAUCGUUGAAAAUUUACACGAUUUCCUUACAAUUGACUUCAUUUCACAAUAUUUGGAUUAUUUUAUCAAAUUACUUCAUAAAAGAGAGUCCAUGGACACAAUUAUACAAAUAAUGUCGAACUACAAACGUGAUCUGAUACCUCCUGACCUCAUAUCUGCUCUUAAUUCCGAAAAUGAGAAAAAUGAAAAUAAGAAAUACACAAAAUUUGCAGAACUCAAUGGAAUUCUCACUAAAGUAACACAUAUAGAAACAAUUGCUACCAUGGAAACCUUCUCCAGCCUCAUAGAAAACCUAAAUCCAUAUGAAUAUCUUGUUUCAGGGAAUUGUGAGACCAUUACUAAGUUCAUUAACUCACAGACAUCAUCAUUACCUGAUCUGACUGCUCAGAGAAUCAUAGAAUCGUGUUUUCAAGCGAUAAAAUACCUUGAUUUGCCAAAACCAGUUGAUCCUGUUCCAGGAAAGGACAUAAGGACACUCCUCAACUCAAUGAUGCAGAUAAAUGUGGAAUUUGAAGGAAAAACCUUCAGUUUCAAAGGAUUUUCUGAUGGAUUUUUCACAGAACUCGAAGGAUUCAUUAAUAUCACCGAGAAAGAAGUUAAUCCAAAUGAAAUAGCUCAGAUAUUACGGCGCCAUCAAGAAGGAUUCCCAAAUAAUAUUCAUAUCAACGAUGAAAACCUUAAACAUAGCCUGUACACGUAUCUAAUGCUUUCCCAACAGAUACUGAAGCAUCCCAAGUCACAGUUCUACAACUUUUCCAUUGGAAAACAGAUAUUAACCUCUCAAAAUUCGAUUCUGAGGGCUGUAAUAUCUUCUCUCCCACAGCCACGUAAUUUUCAGAAGACUGUGGCCACAGUGAAGUUGAUUCCAAUUCAAAAUUUUGACAAUACGAUCGAACAACCAACGAAAUACUACCAAUGCUCGCUGAUUGAGGGUCUAAUCAACCUCCUUGAUGCUGUAUAUGCGAAGAAUCCGCAAUGCGAGUUCGUAAAUAGCGGGUUCAACGUAUUAGUUAAAAAUUUGAUAAAACUUUCUCCUUCAGGAGCCGUUACAUGGUGCAGCUAUCCAGUCUGGCUUGUCAAGAAUCGUCCAUACCUCUUUAAUUUGGACAUUCGUCAUCUUUCUGCCUAUUUAUUGUAUUCAAUGCUUCCUUUGUCGGCUUGCGCCUUUGCAACCCACUUCAGAACGCCUAUUCCGAAGAUUAGAUGCGCUACACCUAGGGUAGAUAUCAAAAGAAGCGCUAUUUUGUCAGAUGGCCUGAAUGUAAUCAACUUUUUGAGGUCCCAGAACAUUUGUCCGAACUAUUACUUGGACGGAUCACCAUCUUCUGUCAAUGAGUUCCUCUGGAAUUACUCCAGAGAGUUCUUUAACGUUAAAUUAGCAGAACAUCAAAUUAUUGAAGUAGAUGGUUACAUAUUACCUCAACCAACUGCACCAGAUAGCUUCUAUCUUCACUUCGGAAUCCUCCUUGGCAAGGCAGUUUCUUCUUUGUCUUGUUUGGCCCGACCAAUUCACCCAGAUUUCUUUGCACUGCUCAAGAAUAAGCUAAAUACAGACAAAGAAAACAUUGUUACGCAAACUUUGACUAACGAUAAGAUGCCAGCCAAAAUGAAAUUAUUUUCUGAAAGUUUCGGAAGAGUUAUCUCUAUUUUCGUACUUGAUAUUUUCUCUCCUAAGGAAAUAACUGAUAUGCUUCACGGAAAAGUCGAAUCUUUCGACGCAGAUCAAGAUUUGAAAACAUUUAAUUUUUAUAUCCAAGAUAAGAAUGAUAUUCCCGCUUUUUGCUCCUCCUACAAAUCAUUCGAAAUCAAAGAACGUGAGAAGUUCCUCACUAAAAUCGUCGGAGCUCCUCAAAUUCCGUUUGGAAACAUGUCUUUCCUUUAUCCGCCAAUCAGUAUCAAAAUUGGGAUAUAUAAUGCGAUCAACUUGAGAGGAAGAGUGAUGCAGAUUGUCACAGGUUCGACUCCUGAUAUUUUAUCUACAUUUUUAAAGAAUUUGUAUUAA